AUGCGUUCUUCAACAGCAAGUUUGAUUUUGGCCUUCUGCGCCAUGUUGGCAGUUCAGGCAGCGCCAAUGGAUGCUACCAAUGUCGCUCGCUCGGUUUCUGGUAUUGAGGCAAGAGCUGAGUUCGGGAUUGUGGCUCGUGAAAAUGGCUACGAUGCAGAGGGUAACGAGAUCGACUCUAACGGGAACUUGGUUGAACGUGAUACUGGCUAUAACGCGGAUGGUGAGGAAAUCGAUGAAAAUGGAAAUCCCAUUGAUAAGAGAGCCAAGAAAGGCAAGAAGCCCAAGAAACCUGAAGCACGCGCUGAGAGUUCUUAUGAUGCGGACGGAAAUGAAAUUGAUGCAAAUGGCAACUUGGUUGAGCGUGAAUACAACGCUGCUGGCGAAGAGAUCGACGCGAAUGGAAACGUGGUCGAAAAGAGAGCCAAGAAGGCCAAAGAUGCCAAGAAGGGCAAGAAGCCACAGAAAGCCGAGGCACGCUCUGACAGUUCUUACGAUGCCGACGGAAAUGAAAUUGAUGCAAAUGGCAACUUGGUUGAGCGUGGUUACGAUGCCUAUGGCAAUGAGAUUGACGAGAAUGGAAAAUUAAUCGAUCGUGAUACCGAAUAUGAUGCCAAUGGUAAUGAAAUCGACGAUAAUGAUAGCGACAACGACAACGACAACGAUAACGACAACGAAGAGUAUGAUGCACAAGGAGACGAACUUGAUUCCAAGGGAAACAUCGUCCAGCGUCGAAACAAGAAGGACAACAAAAAGGCUCAGAAAACACGUAGAGAAUACGAUGCCUACGAUCCCCAAUAUGACGAAGCAGGCAAUGAGAUCGACAAAGAUGGAAACUUGGUUAACAUCUAA